GCGGUUCGCGGGUGUCGGUGCCGCCCGGCCGCCCCCGCCGCUCCGCGCCCGCGCCCGCCGCCCGCCCAACCUCCCGCCGCGCCGGGCUAUGGACUCCGACUCCUGCGCCUCCCCGUUCGCCCCGGAGGACUUCUCCCCCACCUCCCGGAGGCACCGCACCGUGGAAGACUUCAACAAGUUCUGUACCUUUGUCCUGGCCUACGCCGGAUACAUCCCGUACCCGCAGGAGGAAACGCCGCUGAGGAACAGCCCCAGCCCUCCCAACAGCACCGGCGGCACCAUUGACAGCGAUAGCUGGGACCCCCGCUUCAAUGACAUCCCCUCCUCGGUUUCCCUUCCUGCCAAGAAUAGAAAGAACUUCAGCCAGCUGAAGCGAGCAAAGCCCUACAGUUCCCUGUUCCAGCGGGCAAAGCCCGGCAACUUCCUGCCAGAGCGAAAGCAGAUCGAUAAGAUCAGAAAGAAGAAAAAACUGAAGAGAAGGGAAACGGAGGUGUCUGCAGAGGAAGAUUACGAGGAGAAGCUGCUGGAGCUGGAGGCGGAGGACUCUUACACAGAGACACCGAUGAGCCCCUCGUCUGAGGGUGACCCUCAGUCUGUGGCUGAGCACUGCUCGGUCUGGGACUCUGACACGGCCUCCAGCGUCACCUACCCCACGGGGACGGGCGAGCAGGCGGUGGAGAUCCAGAGCGUGGGCAAACGAACGGUCAUUCGGCAGGGCAAGCAGGUCGUCUUCCGGGACGAGGACGGCACCGGCGAUGAUGAGGACAUCAUGGUGGAUUCGGAUGACGAUUCCUGGGACCUGGUCACUUGCUUCUGCAUGAAGCCUUUUGCCGGGCGGCCGAUGAUCGAGUGCAACGAGUGCCACACCUGGAUCCACCUCUCCUGUGCCAAGAUCCGCAAGUCCAACGUCCCAGAGGUCUACAUUUGCCAGAAGUGCCGGGACUCCAAGUUUGACAUUCGCCGUUCGAACCGCUCCCGGACGGGCUCGCGCAGGCGCUUUCUGGACUAAGCGAGGAGGCGCGUGCUGCUGCGCUGCUCGGGCGGCAGGUGAGCCGUGCAAAGCACAGACACCGGCUGGGGGCCGGGCACAGCUCCCCCGAACUGCUGCUGCUCAGGCCAAGGGCUGCCCAGCCUGCCUGCGGUACGGGGAUGAAGUAUCGCCAAGUCUGGAUGGCCGGGGUGGAAGAAGCAGACUGGUCAGAACUGCUGCUAGAUACCAAUUAGCUCAAGAGACAAAUUAAGCUCUCUGGGUUCAGUGGGGUUUUGUCCGGUUACGGCUAUGAGUUGGACGAUGUUUUGGGAAUGUAUAAUAUCUUUGCCACGUGUUUUUUCUCAUCCCGCUGGGAAACUGCAAACCUUCUCUGUGCUAGGAAACUCAUCCUCUGAGGAGGGAGGAGGAGGAGGGAAUCUGUGUGAAGAGUCCGAAAAGUAAAUGGCCACGUGUUUUAAUGUAUUAUUAUACCUGCCCAUUUGUCCGUAUAUAUCAAUCUUAGAUAUUCUAAGGCUCUGUAGGAGUGAGUGUGAACGCAUACCAACCUCUGUGUGAUCUGCCUCCUCUUCCACGGGCCCGGGCAGGAGGUGAGUGCUGUGAUUUGGCAUUGUGUAAUGACAGGACUUCACCCUGCUCUGGGGGACUGACUGGUGCAUUUAGAGAAAGAGAACACUCCUUUCUCUGGACAGGCAGCGCUGGCAAUUAGUUGACAUCAGAUUUCUUAGAAGUCUCUUAAUGGUGAUUUUUUGUGACUUUGUUUUGCAUGAUUGGCUCAAAUGUGUUUGGGGGGAAUACCAUUCGCUCUGUGUCCUGGCCCUUUGUUAAACUCCAAGGUGCUGUUUUAAGAUGACGAUUCUCCCUUUUCUCAGCCCAGAGUUCAAGCGUGGACUGUAAAAGAGGCUGUAGUAAAUGUAGAACCUGGCCAGUCUGGUUCGAGAUUUGAUCAUUUCCAUCAGUACUACAGCUGAGUUGACUUUGUUUCUGCUGUUUAUAUUUUGAGACUGGAUUUCCAAUCAGAAAACCAAAUUCUUUAACCUGUUGGCUGCAAAUUACAUACAAAAAAACCCCACAAAUGCAGGCUAUGCAGCUAGCAAGGUGAAGCGAAAUGAAGAUUCAUCUGGUGCUGGGAAGGAAAAGAGAGUGAGGGAGUCCAGGCUUGUUUGUGAGGCCACCAAGAUGGAGGCGCUGUCCCUCAGUGACCAAACAGAGCAAGCUGUAUGCACCGUACAACUUAGGUUUAUGAUUUUGAGACAUUUCUUCUAAGUUACACCUGAUGGAUGUGUUCUGUGUCCUGUGAGAUGAGGAGAGUCAUUGGCUGGCACUGGAGCUUAGGUGAGACCAGCUGUGCUGGUAGGAACGCGUCACGUCGGUCUGCAGACGGGCCCGGUCAGAUCCCUGCCUUACCUGAGUGCGGUGCCAGGGGGAGAUGCAGCUGGUGAGGAGCAGGGUCUCCCCAGUGUACAGUCAGGUACCCUCCCUGACGUCUCACGCCAGGCUGCCAAAGCUUCGUGCAGGCUGCUCAGCACAGCAGAGCCCCGGGGCUCCCGUGUGGGACGUGGGCACGGCCGGCUCAGGAUGAUGGAGCUGCACGCUGUGCAACUGUUCUUCAGCCUUGGUUCUUCAUAAAACUCCCAUCCCACCACACUGUAACAACUGACUCUAGGUUCUGAAAACCAGCUCCAGCUUCUGUUAAAACUUAGACCAUGACUGUGGUAUGCUGCCUUCCAGAAGCUAAGUGCAACCACCGAGGAGUUUGCCAAAGACUUGCCCCUUAUGGCUGCCUAACUGCUGUUUGCAGCCAGAAAUACAACCAAAGUUCUCUAAUGCUGCCAUUUCACUCUGCAAACAGAAAGGCUUUGGAAGAUCCUGGUUGCAAGCUGUGAGGGCUGGACCUGCUCUGAGCACUGGCAUCUUUGUGUUUACAGCGUGUCUGCAAUUCAACUGGACCUCCUGGAAUGUGUUCUGAAGUUUUUAAGUGUUAAAUGGCCAAGCGAACUGCCUCUUUUUCCCAGAGGUUAAAUACUAAUCAAUGUGACUGACUCUUGUUCUGUUACCUUUUCAGAUUUAUCCCAAUAGAUGGUGUCUGACAAGUCCAGCACAUUACAGUAUCAGCAGAGAGAAAAAAAGUAACAUCUCCAUUGUUUUAGUUCAUCACUUUCAGCCAUAUAUAAUUAUAGUUUAAUUCAGAACUUUAUUUUUUCAUUAAAACUGUUUUAAUGAACCAUGUUUUUUUUUUAAGUGAAACAAAUGAAUAAUGACUUUGCUUUAUUCUGGAUUCAAGAGUCUGCUAGCAUGAUUUACUGGUGUGCAAAACUGUUGUGCUGGGUGGCAGCAAGACGUGACCAGAAGUGCUCUUCCCUAAGUGAUAUGCAAGGUGAGGGAAGGACAGGAGGAACACCACGAGCAGAUCUCCCCUUCAUGCUCUGCCAGGGGACUGCUGUUCCUAUCUCUCUUGUCCAGCUCCUGCUGCAAGCAAGGUGAGUGUGGAGGAGUGACCUGCCAAAAGGCAGCGAGGAAGAGAGCUCUGGGGAGAACGGCUGUGCCUUCAGCAGCACGCAGCCCUGCCAGGGGCUGUUUGCAGCCAGCCUGAAGGCAGGCUUGGUGUGCAGCAGUUGGGCAUGGGCUGGGACAGAUCUCUGCUCAGGUGACAGCACUGCUGGCUGAGGUGACCUGAGAGCCAGGGCCAGACUGGUAGGACAGGGCACUGCGGUGUCAGCUUUCGCCCUUGGGCUGUGCUGCAUUUGCCUCACAAAGGCUCACCUGCCCAGCCAACCCAAAACCCCAUUAUGCCCUCUGAGAACCCCUCUCCUUCCCUGCCUGCAGAGCAGCUGCAUGCCAAACCACCACAUUGUGCCUCUCUGCCGCUCCUUAACUCCUGAACCUGCCUCACCCCCAGAGCGCUGCUCAAAGCAGUAGCCUCCCUUAGCAGCUUGGUGAACUUGGAAGACUGCUCAGCAAUUUGGAAAUGGCACUGGAUCGCCUUAAAAACUGAGUCUGUGUUGCUUACAGCUUCUGUUUUAAUUGUUGGCGAUGUAUGGAGCAACAAACAGAAGUCCCAGAGGAGGCUGCGGCUGUAAAAUGGCAGUUUCUCAUAGAACAAAGUUGUUAAAAGGAGCAGUUUCUCAAGUAGGGCUAUGCUGACAGUGUUUUUAAGGCUUUGUACUGAUUGACUGGCAGAAAAUGAAGAGGAGAGGAAGGCUGGAGUUUGGUAUUCAGCAGGAAAGAGCAGCCUGAAACUUGGGUAUAAGGGAGAUAGAUAGGCAAGGGGCUCCACCGUGUGGAUGCAAUUCAGCAGUGCCUGACUAUUGCAAACUGCAGGGAAGCAAAAAUGGAGUUUUCACGUUGACUACUGCGUAGAAGAACCUGCUGCAGGAGCAUUGUGCCUCACGGAUGGGAAAGGCCACUGGUAGUACUUACACAGAAGGGAAAAACAGAAGUCUGACUCUUUAGUGGGCUGAUACAGCAGGGAAAACAAACCACGCUUUAAGAAACUUUUCUAUGUAACAUUUAGUAAAUGAAUGGGGCAAGAUCUGUGUCAGUAAUUUUACUUCAAGAAGAAUUAUGAAUUCAAGAGACUAAAAUUAAGAUUCACCUGUCCUUUGCAUGAACCGCUUUACAACUAGACAAUGAUGGUUCUGAUACAGUGGGGGAAGAAAGAAUAGAGUGGGAAGGCAGAGGAACUGAGUUUUCUUUGCUAAGCUGUAAUGAAAAACAAAGCAUCUGCUUGAAUCUAAGCUCUGCCAGGGUGGCUGAGCUGUCCUUGGGUAUGAAUGCAUGGGCUGACUCGCAUCAGGGGAGGCUGAUAAGGUUUUUACAGCACAAGUGGUACCCAGAGCUGUGAUCCUUGUAGCCUAUCACUGGCUGAAUCAUGCUGUGACAGCAGGAGUGGAGGGCUGGCACAGAGGUGAGCAUGUAAAGGAAGAGUACAAAAAGUAAAACCUUGACCUGCAUCUCCACCACAGGAAUUCCCAGUUUAAAGGCUCAAGAUGAGAAGGCCAGCCCUCAUUAAGGUAUUUUAAACAUGAGCUAGCUCAGUUAGAAAAGGAUGCAUUCACCUCAGGUAUCUGUGGCAUUCCAAAGUUUGCAUCCAGAGAUGCUCACUACCCUGUUACUUGUUUGCACUGCAGGGGCAGUAAGGGUGUACCUUACAUCUCAGAAAUGGUCUUUUUUCAGAUGCUGUAAUUCCACAGCUCAUCUUCACAGACUGAAGAGGUUUUACAUUCACACUGCUAUUUCUCUACAUUUUUAACAUAGACAACAUGCCACUUUAAUGACAACAGAAACCGGAUCUCAGGAACUUGUCAGAAAGCAGCAUUGUUUUAUUGUGCAAACUUCUUGGUGUAUUUGCCCUGCUAGUUACAGGAGCAUGCUUUUUCUUUUUAAUUAGCAGUGUAUUGUCACUAGGUUGCACUUGCUAAUGCAGAACUCCUACUUCCCAGCACUCCCACAUGGAGCAUUUUGUUACAUCCCAGUCAACACAGAAUAACUCUCACUGCUGACCACUUACUUCAGGCAGACACAAGACAUGGAAAAGGGAAUUCUGGUGGCAUUUCUUGUCCCUUUCAACUAGCAGUACAUAUAAGUGACCACAAGAGAGCAGGAAGCAGAAUGUAACAAAGGAUGCAGUUAAAUUUAUAAAACUUGCAACCCUUACUUUAUGGAAAGAGUUUGUUUUCAAUGCUGCCCAGAAGAUGAAAAUGGGACAUGGGCUAGUUCUCAGCUGAAUAUAAUUUAUUGCACAUUUUACAUUUAGUAUCAGAAAAAAAACAGAACAUUGGUCAUAUGUGAAAUCAAGUCCUACACCAGGAACCGGUCGCAACUGAAAAGCCUUGUUUUACUUUUAAAAGUGAACACUUAGUUGUAUGAACUUGUUUUGGAGGGAGAAGUUCCUUGCAGCCUAGCUCAAUUGAGUCUGGUUUUAGAAACUUAAUUGUCCUGUUAAAAUUACUUGCAGUAGAGCAUUUAAGACCAUGACUUGAGCAGAGAGAAUGGCGGUCAAGAAGAAAAAGGGGUCAGGUACAUGUCAGGGAGUGAUUUAUGGUAAUAGCAGCAACGCACAGCCAAGAUCCUUUGUUUCCUGUCCCUCCCAUGUAAGCAAUGGAGGCUGCUCUAGGAUUCACUGAGAGCAGAGCUGUGACUCAGAAACAGCCUUGAUUAUUCCUUUUCUCUGUAAUAAAAACAACACAAAACUCCCACCAAAACUUUGGCAGUGCUGACACACACAGCAAUACCACAUGGCUGCUGCUUCCAUCUGCUGUGUCACUGGAACAGGACUAGAACUGCCCUUUCUGCUGGUAAAUUACCAGCAUGGCUUCCAUGCAGGACAAAUCCAAGAAAUUUAUGUUACAACUAAGCUGCAUCAGAAGUGGCAGCUGAAUUCAAUGUUUUCAGCUCUUUACCCCAUUUUGCACCUCUCCUCACUUUGGUCUGGUUUAUUCAUAUGAACUAUGCUCCUCUUUUCCCUAGAAAUAAGAUAAAUUGCUGUCCUUCUCUCCACUUAGCUUUCCUGGUUUCCUGAACACCUUGACAGGAAAAUGAAUUAAUAAGACAAUUAUUCCCAGUGUCCUUCUCUGGUAGAGCAGUGUUUGAAAUGAGCAGCUGAAUGGAUUCACAUGGAAGAGAUCUGUGUCAUUACAAGAAGCAAAGAACUCUGUUCCAAACAUACUUGUUCUUAACAAGUGCAUUUCAAAUACAGAAUUAGGGUGGAAAACAAUCUCUGCCCUCUUUCCAACAAAAGGAUUUACACAGAAAACUCCCAGGAGGUGGCCUUAACAUAAAGAAUUUUCACUCAGGCAUGGAAAAAGGGCAUGUUACCUACCUCAGUACACAAAGUAGUAAGAACAAGUCUCCUUUCUUGCCGAGUACAGAAGGCUAUGUGAGA